AUGAUUGCUGUCGGGUUGCUGGCUCUUGUGGCAUGUAGCAGUGUUGUUAAUGCUCACACUGCGGCUUUUGCACAUGGCAUGUACUGCCAUGGUGGACCCAAUCCGGGUCACGAUGACCAAAACACGAACACUGCUGUCGCUCCAGUCUACAAUUUACCCAGAUCGCAAUGGUGGUUUCAAGCCGACCGAGGCUGUGACAGGGUCCCACCUGCGCCUGGCGUUUUUCUUGAGCUGCCUGCUGGUGGUACUUUUACUGUCGAGCUGGCCCACAACAGAGCUCAAACCACGCUGUCGUACGAUGGACAGUAUACCUCCCAGUGGCCCGACGGCGGGGAACACCCUGAAGAUUGGAAGGGAACAGGUAAUCCUCCCGGCUGCAUUCCGGAAGACGGGGCCUUGCACACAAAUAACCAGAGCAUGGCGGCGGGGACGGCCUUUGCCAUCAGUUACGUGUCUGACAUAUCCGCCGUGACUAUGGAGAAUUUAGUCGUUUUUACUGUUCUCCCCAACACCCCAUGGAAACGUAUUGCCACCUAUGCCGUCCCUCGCGACCUUCCACCUUGCCCAGCCGAUGGUUGCACUUGUGCCUGGCUUUGGGUUCCAAAAGGAUGCGGAGAGCCUAAUAUGUACAUGCAAGGAUACAAAUGCAAGGUGACAGGGUCCACCUCCACGAGGCGACUUGCCCCUGCCCAACCUCCCAGGUACUGUCCCAACUUCAACGAUUGUACCCGGGGCGCCAAACAGAUGAUUGCGACCCGACAGGCUGAGGGCAACAAUGUUGAGGUUCCCCAAAAUGACUUUGUGUCAUACAGCGAGGUUUGGGGUUUCUCACCAGGUGCCCAGAACGAUAUUUUUGUGUAAGGACGAAGUGUGGCCGGUAGCCUGCCUUUUGGCUAUGGCCAAUUUAAUCUUUAUGAAUCGUUAACCUUCCCUUGACUAUAAACAAAUUGUUUUAUGUUGCAAAUUAAAAAAAACAUUCUGCUUAA